GUUUUGGUGCGCGCAGUACCCCCCAUCUAUUUUCAGCCCUAGGUACUUACGGCAUCGGUUCGUGCAAAAAUCGCGUAAAAACCCGUCAAUAGCGCUUAAACCCCCGGUGUUUGGUGGCCCCUUUGUGCAAAACCUAGUCUUUUGGGCGGCGUUCGCGAUGUUGGUGUGUUCGCACCGCGCAUGGAUCGGCUGAACGCGAGUAUUUUGUGUCAAAGCAACCAGCUGAUGGCGGGUGAAAAUACUGGACUCGCUUGGCAGUUGUUCGAUUUUCCGCGUCUUUCCGCCGAUUCCUGCUAACUGUUUGUGGUUGUGGUGCGCGAGGCGGCCCCAGAUCGGCGACUCGGCUUGCGUUCCCUCGACCGGGCUUUGGGCGUGCACCUUGUCAUUGGAGGAUGCGUUCGAAGGGGGCUGGUGCCGUUUGACGUAGACGUCCAGGUGAAAUGUCGCGCGCGUAAACCGAGCCAGAUCGAGUAGCCAGCAUGUCGACCACGGCGUUCGUCGAUCGGAUCGAUCCCUUCGCCAAGCGCUCGCUCAAGAAGAAGACGAAAAAGUCGCAAGGCAGCUCCAGGUACAGGAACUCGCAGGACGUGGAGCUGCAGCCGCUGCCGCUGCUCAAAGACGUCCCGGCAUCCGAACAGGAGGAGUUGUUUAUACGCAAACUUAGACAAUGUUGUGUGCCAUUCGAUUUUAUGGAUCCGGUGGCGGAUCUCAAAGGAAAAGAAGUGAAACGUUGUACUUUGAAUGAACUAGUGGAUUAUAUAACGGGCGGCAGGGGAGUUUUGACCGAACCCGUCUAUCCAGAAAUUAUUAAAAUGAUUUCGGCGAAUCUUUUUCGAACACUGCCUCCCAGCGAAAAUCCCGAUUUCGAUCCGGAAGAGGACGACCCCACGCUGGAAGCAAGUUGGCCGCAUCUCCAACUAGUUUACGAAUUCUUUUUGCGAUUUUUGGAAAGUUCGGAUUUUCAGCCGGCCAUAGGAAAACGUGUGAUUGAUCAGAAGUUUGUUCUACAAUUAUUAGAAUUAUUCGAUUCGGAAGAUCCGAGAGAAAGGGAUUUUCUAAAGACGGUGCUGCACCGCAUUUAUGGAAAGUUCCUCGGGCUAAGGGCCUUUAUUCGCAAACAAAUAAACAACAUAUUCCUUAGGUUCGUGUAUGAGACUGAACAUUUUAACGGCGUCGGUGAACUGUUGGAGAUUUUGGGUUCGAUCAUAAACGGCUUUGCGUUACCAUUGAAAGCCGAACACAAACAGUUCCUGGUGAAGGUGCUCAUUCCUUUGCAUAAGGUCAAGUGCCUGUCGUUGUAUCACGCGCAGCUCGCCUAUUGCGUGGUUCAAUUUUUGGAGAAGGAUCCGACGUUGACGGAACCAGUGGUUCGAGGUUUGCUCAAAUACUGGCCGAAAACGUGUAGUCAAAAAGAGGUGAUGUUUCUUGGUGAAAUCGAAGAAGUAUUGGAUGUUAUUGAACCGUCACAAUUUACACGAAUCCAGGAACCGUUGUUUAGACAAAUCGCCAAAUGCGUGUCUAGUCCACAUUUUCAAGUGGCCGAGCGUGCUUUGUAUUUCUGGAACAACGAGUACAUCAUGUCGCUGAUGGAAGAAAACAAUCACGUAAUAAUGCCGAUUAUGUUUCCCGCAUUGUAUCGAAUUUCGAAAGAGCAUUGGAACCAAACUAUAGUCGCACUUGUUUAUAAUGUGCUCAAGACUUUUAUGGAAAUGAAUUCGAAGUUGUUUGAUGAACUCACGGUUAGUUAUAAAGCGGAAAGGCAAAAAGAGAAAAAACGUGAGAAGGAACGAGACGAAUUAUGGAAAAAGUUAGCCGAACUCGAACUUAAUCAUAAUAAAAAUUUACCGGCACAAAAUAAUAGUCCUCCCAGCAAAAAGUGAUACAACAGCCUAAAAUUCCCCGCCCAUUCAUAGCAUGUGGCAUAUUUCAGUGUGAAAGGUGCCCCCGCACGUGGAGAGAGCCGUCGUCGUCGUCUCGUCAUGAGCCGGAGUGUACAUUAAAAUUAUCGUGAAUGUCUACUACUAACAGUCUAUCUAUGGUGUUUUGUAGCUGUGAACAGCAGAACUAUGUUAAUAAUGUGCUAUAGUAUAACUGGUCAACUGUAAAUAGCUAAGCAGAUGUGGUUACGGUUUGUGUUUGGACCGUGGUUGGUGACUUAGUGUAUUUGAUUUGAAUAAUAAAUCGUUGAAAAAAUUUCGUUGUGUUUUAAAACAAACAAGUGCCAAAGUUAUUUUUUGCAGCUUUCGAUGUCAGUUAACCGAAAUAACUUUGGGCUGGAGGACCUAAUCGACCAAAAAACAAACCAGUUAAAAUUGUGUCACGUCCAAACACAGUUUUAACCACAGUUAUUUUGUAUGUGCUAAUCGCACGAUCGUGUGCCAGGAAGGGGCGAAUGUAAUAUUUAUGUACAGAUGGCUGUAUAACUUGAACUAAUCGUAGGAUAAGUUAGUCACUCAUCUAGACUCGUUUUGUAUUAGUUUCACGGAUUGUUGUACAGUGCAAUUUUUGUUUUGUUUUACUUUCUUCUUUAUUUAUUGCGAAGCAAAGGUCACAAAUUAUACAGCCAGGACUUUUCUAUACAAUGGUGCCACUUCACUACCAAACUUUUUUAGACGCACUGUUAUGUUCACUUAGAGAAAGCUUUAUAUAAGGAAAUAUAGCAAGUUGUGUUUUAGAUAGAAAAUAAUUAAGUUGUGCAUGACGAGCUCGCUCAAUUUCUAGCUGCGACCUGGAAAUGUUAUGUUCGUAGAGUUAUGUUGUGAUAAAACAAUUCCAGAGAGGAUCGGUAGCUCUACGAACACCGAUGCAUAACCUUUGCUGCUGUAUGAAACAAACAUUAGGGCCACACUAUUACGCCCAUCCCUCAUUAGACUAAAGUAUGUAAUAUAUAACUAAAAUCACUAUAAAUCUUGUAGAUAUAUGAGAAAUAUAUUGUUAAAUUUCGAUUGUUUUUCUCAUAGGUUCUCGGACCGCUGUUCUGUUAUUUUUCUUAUUAAGAUUUUGUGAGUGUAAAAUGGAACAUUUAUAAACCUUUCAUAGUAAUUUCUAUUGAGCUACUUAUAAAAACCUCGUUAUUGAGGAUUAUAGUAACUGCAGUUUGUGAAUGUACGCACUGUUGUGCGUCAAUAAAUAUUGUCAUUUUGAA